AAGAAAGUGAAGUAGCUUUUAGAAAUUCCAAGUAAUUGUUGUUAAGUCCGAUUAGACGCCAAACACAAAAAAGUAGCUCACUGUUAUCAGCACGUCUUAAGGCUUUUAAAAUGAGCCUCGACCAAGUGGAGCUUGUUAGCAAACUCCUUCGAGCAUCAAGGAAUUGUAAUGAACUUCUAUUAAAGGACUGUUUUAAGGAUAUCUUAGAAAAUGGAAUUACACCAAAAGAACUGAAUGCAACAGACAAAAGUGGAAGAACUGCGUUAUCGUACAUAUGUUCAACAAAUCUCACAAAUUUCCUGGAACUGUUUCUACAUUUGCCAGGCAUCGAUGUCAACAAACCAGAUAAUGAGGGAAAUUCAGCACUACAUUUUGCAGCACAAGCAGGUCAAACAGAAAUUGUAAAUAUGUUGUUAACGAAAUGCAAAGGAAUCAACAUUGACGCAAAAAAUAAUUUAGGCUUCACGCCGUUAAUGAAAGCAGCACUUCAAGGUCGAACAAAGACGGCAAAACUCUUACUAUUUGCUGGAGCAUCACCAAUAGCAACUGAUCCAACUAGAGGCUUCCGUGCCGAUCAAUGGGCACGUUAUUGUGGACGUCAUCAGACAGCUGAAAUGAUCGAGACUGUCGCUCGUGCAAAACUCUUAGAUAAAUCAACCUCAAAUAAAUGGACACAUGAUGUUAUACCGAGAAGUAAAACAACAUCUGCUAUGUCGCAAAGUAUUUUACAACAUCAACAGCAACAGCAAACGAGUCAUUCAGGAGGUUUUCGUUCAAAAUUUCGAAAAGUUUUUCCAUUUGGUUUCUCACUUAAAGACAAACAUCAUAAAAGCAAGGAUGAUGAUGGCAAGAAUAACCGUAAUGGUUUUGUAAAUAUGUCAGACAAUAAAGAGAUUGGUAUUGUUGAUGAAAAUGGAUUUAGUAAUGGUGAGAUUGUAAAUUAUCUAACAGCAGCUGCUAUUUGUGUGGGAAAUGGUGCUGGCGUUACAAAUGGAUCUAGUAAACAAAUUAUCAAAAGCCUCUGUCGUCCAUUAACUGUGCCAAAACUCGAAGUUACAUACGCAAACAACAAUAAUUUAAUUAAAAAAUUUGAAAACAUGCCGAAUAUGGUACCAGAAGUAGAGGAGAAGCCGACAGUCAUUAAGAAAAAGGUCAAUGGAAUAAGGAAAGUUUUAUCAGAGAAAUCAAAAGGAAUUAUUAAUGCCGGAGGUGGAAAACAAAAAGUUCAUACCGACUCAUACUUCUAGUUUAAAGUUUAUAUCUCGCGUCAUUAAUUUUAAUUUGCAUAAGGAUCUUUCAUCAAAUAUUGUUAUUAUCAUCAUUCAUUGUCCUCAAUAGUUAUGACAUUAAGAUUAU